AUGUUGAAAUUCCUAUUGAUUUUGGUGCCAAUUUUUUUGGCGCAAGAUUUGCCGAAAGCACCAAAUAUUUAUAAAUGGUUGGAGCAGAAUAGUUAUAUUUGUGAGUUUUUUUGGGGUGGGUACUGUAGGGGGUACUGUAGCUUUAUAUUUGCAGUUUGGAAGAAUUUUUGGAGUACUGUAGCGAGUCGUACCUAAAAAUACAUUACUGUUCUGAGAGUUUUUAUUGAAAACAUUUUGCAGUUCGGGUUACUGUGGAUUACAGUACUCCUUGCAGUUCUAGAAAUUUCAAUCUCUUCAAAAAUAGUUUUUUUUUUCAAACUACAGUACGCUUUGCAGUUUGAAAGAGGUACUGUAGUUUUCGGCGAAAAUUCUGUAAAUUUUUGCAGUUCGGGUUACUGUAGUCUGGGAAACUACAGUACUCUUUGCAGUUCUAGAAAUUUCGAUAUUUUCAAAAAUAUAGUACUCUUGUAGUUUUUCCAAACUACAGUACCUCUUGUAGUUCGAGAGGUACUGUAGUUUUCGGCGAAAAUUCUGUAAAAUUUUGCAGUUUGGGUUUCUGUAGAAUGACAACUACAGUACCUUUUGCAGUUCUAGAAAUUUCAAUUUUUUCCAAAAAUAUAGUACUUUCGUAAAUUUGCCUGGAUUACUGUAGGUUUCCCAAACUACAGUACCUCUUGUAGUUCGAUGGGUACUGUAGUUUUUCGAAAAUUCUAUGAAUUUUGCAGUUCGGGUUACUGUAGGUUACAGUAAUCUUCUCUGUUCUGGAAUUUUGAAUCUCUUCAAAAAUAGUUUUUUCAAACUACAGUACUCUUUGCAGUUCGGAAGAGCUACUGUAAAACUUCUUGAAUCGGGAUAUUCCAAAUCAAAUCUACAGUACUCUUUGCAGUUCUAGAAUUUUCAAUGUUUUGAACAAAACCAUGUGCAAACUACAGUACACUCUUGCAGUUCUGCCAACUCUAAAAAUUCCCACAAUUUUUUUUUGCAGGCGAUCCAUCGCUAACCAACAAACGAAACCCCAAAUUCCUCACAUUAUUCGAAUCGCACCGUAUCAAAUGUUCGUGUGGAGACCCAUUAAAAUCGAAAGCCGCGUGUGCUCGUAAAUCGACACGAGACAAGCCGCAUUGUGUCAGAUGUGGGUCUUGGCACGAAAAAUUUUUUAAAAAAGAUUUUUUGAAAUUUACAGUACCCGACACGUGUAUGAAAGAAUAUACCGUGAUUUUUGCCAAUGCUGGAAAUCGCAUGAAGAAUUCGAAGAUUCCAAUCAAGAAUUUAACGCGAAAAAAUCACAGAUCAAAAAUCAAUCAUCACAAAGCACUGAAGAAUCAAAAAGGCGAAAAAGAAGUUGCCGAAAAUAUUUUCGAUUCGACCGAUUUCCACUAA